CUUUAAUCAGUCGCUCCGGUUACGUCAAGCGGCGUGCGUGAACUGUGGAAAGAGUGGAAAGGAGAGCGUGCGUGUGUGAAGCUGUGUGGGUUGUCAGCAGUCACUGGCUCUUUUCGGGCUCAUUACCUGUCAUUACUUCCUACGUAACUCAUUAAUCGUCCGUGCGACGGCACCGAUCGCUGUCACGACGCCGUGAAGCCAGCGAGGAUGCCUCAGGCGACCGACGAGAACGGCAGCUCGGCUGCCCAGGGCGACGAGCCUGUGCAGAAGAGCGCCGUCCAGCUCAAGAAAGAGGCCAAGAAGAAAGAAAAGCUCGAGAAGUUCAAGCAGAAGCAGGAGAAACUCCAGACGCAGCAGCCCAAGGCGGAGAAAAAGCCAAAAGAGAAGAAAGAAAAGGAGGUUAUUGUUUAUGACAAGCCCACUGCACCUGGAGAGAAGAAAGACACUUCAGGGCCCAUGCCAGAUGCGUACAGUCCCCAGUACGUCGAGGCCGCCUGGCACGCUUGGUGGGAGAAGAGCCAGUUCUUCAAGCCAGAGUAUGGGGGUAGGGAUCCGAUGGCGCCCAACCCCAAGGGACGCUUUGUCAUGGUCAUCCCACCUCCCAACGUCACGGGCAGCUUGCACCUGGGGCACGCCCUCACCGUUGCCGUGGAAGACUGCGUCACACGAUGGCACCGCAUGAAGGGGCGGACGACGCUCUGGAACCCUGGCUGCGACCACGCGGGCAUCGCAACACAAGUGGUCGUGGAGAAGAAGCUGUGGCGGGAGACCGGCAAGACGCGCCACGACGUCGGCAGGGAGGCCUUCGUCCAGGAGGUCUGGAAGUGGAAGAACGAGAAGGGAGACCGGAUCUAUGAGCAGCUGCGUCUGCUGGGUUGUUCCGCGGACUUUGACCGAGCCACCUUCACCAUGGAUCCCAAAAUGACCAAGGCAGUCACGGAAGCCUUUGUGAGGCUCCACGAGGAAGGCCUGGUGUACCGCUGCAAUCGCCUUAUCAACUGGUCGUGCACCUUGCGGUCGGCCAUCUCGGACAUUGAGGUGGAUAAAAAGGAGCUGCCAGGUCGCACCCUCCUUCCCGUGCCAGGCUACAAGGAGAAAGUGGAGUUUGGCGUCCUCGUCUCCUUCGCUUAUCCCGUGGAAGGCUCUGACGAAGAGGUGGUUGUGGCCACCACUCGGAUCGAGACGAUGCUGGGUGACACUGCGGUGGCCGUCCACCCCAAGGACCCCCGGUACACCCACCUGCACGGCAAGUACGUGGUCCACCCCUUCUGCGACCGGAAAAUCCCCAUCGUGUGCGACGACUUCGUCGACAUGGAGUUUGGCACAGGGGCCGUGAAGAUCACGCCCGCCCACGACCACAAUGACUACGAGGUGGGCAAAAGGCACAAGCUUCCCUUUAUCACCAUGAUAGACGACAACGGGAACAUCUGCGCGGGAUGCGGACAAUUCUCGGGCAUGAGGCGGUUUGAUGCCCGCAAGGCCGUGCUAGAGUCCCUGAAGGAGAGGGGCCUGUACAGGGACACCAAGGACAACCCCAUGGUAGUGCCCAUCUGCAGCCGUUCCAAAGACAUUGUGGAGCCACUGCCCAAAGUGCAGUGGUUCAUCGACUGCAACAACAUGGCUGCCCGAGCCGUGAAGGAUGUGAAGGAGGGCAACCUGAAGCUUAUACCCGAACAGCACGUCAAGAUUUGGAACUACUUCCUGGAGAACAUUCGGGAUUGGUGCAUCUCUCGGCAGCUCUGGUGGGGGCACAGGAUUCCCGCUUACUUUGUGGAAGUCGAGGGACAGCAGGCUCCCCCCGGAGCGGAGAGCAACAACGACUACUGGGUGAGCGGAAGGACGCAGGACGAAGCCGCAGAAAAAGCCGCCAAAAAGUUUGGCGUCUCCAAGGACAAGAUCAAGCUCACCCAAGACGAAGAUGUCCUGGACACCUGGUUCUCGUCUGCUCUGUUCCCUUUCUCUAUUUUUGGAUGGCCAGAUCAGACGGCAGAUCUUGCGGCCUUCUACCCGGGCACCUUUCUGGAGACUGGCCAUGACAUCCUCUUUUUCUGGGUGGCCAAGAUGGUCAUGCUGGGAAGCCACCUCAUGGGCCAGCUGCCCUUCACUGAGGUCCUGCUGCAUUCCAUUGUGAGGGACGCACACGGGAGAAAGAUGAGCAAGUCCCUGGGAAAUGUGAUCGACCCCAUUGACGUCAUUCGGGGGAUUUCACUGGAGGACUUGAACGAGCAACUGCUCAACUCCAACCUGGACCCGUCAGAAGUGGAGCGUGCCAAGCAGGGGCAGAAGGCGGACUAUCCCAGGGGAAUCCCGGAGUGCGGCACAGACGCGCUGCGCUUUGCCCUCUGUGCCUACAUGUCGCAAGGCCGUGACAUCAACAUGGACAUCAACCGCGUCGAGGGUUACCGGCAUUUCUGCAACAAGAUCUGGAAUGCCACCCGCUUUGCCCUUAUGUCCAUCGGAGAGGACUUUAAGCCCAAGGAAGUGGCAGCAGUCUCUGGGAAGGAGUCUCCGAUGGACCGCUGGAUCCUCUCUCGACUGGCGGCCGCCACGGAGACUUGCAAUGCGGGGCUGGAGGCCUACGACUUCCCCCAGGUCACCACCGCCAUCUACAGCUUCUGGCUGUACGAGCUGUGCGACGUCUACCUGGAAUCCCUGAAGCCUGUGUUUCAAGGCAGUGAUGCGGAGGCAAAGGUGGUCUCCUCGGAGGUGCUGCUGACGUGUCUGCAUGCUGGGCUGCGUCUGCUGCACCCCCUUAUGCCCUUCCUUACUGAGGAGCUCUACCAGCGGCUGCCGAGGCGGUCGGCUUCGCUGGCUCCCAGCAUCUGCGUCGACAGCUACCCCGAAGUGACGGAGUUUCCUCCAAGGGACGAGUCUCUGGAGAAAGGAAUCACGUUCAUGCAAGACUUUGUGCACAAGGUGCGCUCCCUCAGGGCUGACUACAACCUCACCAAAAACAAGGUUCACUUGUACGCCAAGUGCAGUGGCAGUGGGAAAGAGAUCAUCUCGUCCUUGGGUGGAGUGAUUGCCACCCUCACCUGCUCCUCCGAGGUGGAGCUGCUGGAAGACGGCGCUGCGGUACCGGCUGGCUGUGCCAUGACCACCAUUUCGGACUCCUGCCAAGCCUACCUCAUGCUCAAGGGAGUGGUAGACCCGGCCAAGGAGAUAGAGCGCAUGCAGCAGAAAGAGGAGAAGCUGCAAGCACAGCUGACGAAGUUGAGGGCGGCCAUGGCGGCAUCGGACUACUCCACCAAGGUGCCCCCCGCCGUGCAGGCAGCCAACGAUGAGAAGGUUCAGCAAGUUGAAGGAGAGCUAGCGAGGAUUGUGGAGUCUAUUUCUACCCUGAAGCUCAUGGACUGAAUACAAUGCUUGGAUCUCUACUCUGAUAAUAUAAACUAUAAAUUUUUUAACCUUCG